AUGGAGAAUAAUCAAUUCUUUUUUGUUGUAGUUUAUCCCAAUGAGAUAGUAAAACACGGUAAUGAAGGAGUGAUUUUCGAGUCUAAUAAGACUGUCAUGUUGCGCACCAACCGGGUUGAUACCUUACAUGCGCUAAAGACGAUCAUGUUUAGCAAUAUUGGGGGAAUAGGUACCAAGGAGGUUGGGAGAAUUGCAUAUAAAUUUCUGCACGCGCUUCCGAAUGGUGGAUUUACCAACAGGUUAUUUUGGAUUGAUGGGGAUCAGCAUAUGAGGGUAAUGUUCGACAUACAUGCACGACUAAUGCCACAACAUGUGAUGGAGUUGUAUGCUGCGGUCUGUGACGUGGUUGUUGGUGCUGGGCCGUCUCCUUUGAGUCUUGAAAUUGUCCUGCUGGAGGCCACACUGAUCCACUAUGCCCAACCUCAUUAUAGUGCCGACGAGUACGACAGUGAGGGUGAUUCAACUUAUGUUGCCGGGUCCAGGUCGUCUAGCGAUACUGCUUCCACUGAUGAGUAUGUGCCGGAGACUUCCACCGGCGGUGUUGGUCGGUUUCUCAUGCCUCCCCCAUUGGCCAUUCCUCGAUUUUCAGAAGUUCCUAGUCAUUAUCACAUUUUGAAUUUGGACGUAAUACAACCGAACAAUCUUUUGAAUUUCGGUGAAGGAGAGGAUUACAAUACGGAUGGUGGGGUGAAAUUCCAAGUUGGCCAUAGGUUAAGGAACCGUGAUGCAGUUCUAAUGGCGGUGAAGAACUACAGACAGAAUGCGGAGUAUAGAUUUUUGGAGUCGGAUAGGCUUAAAUACCACUGUCGUUGCAAGCAAUUCACCAACGGUUGUCCACGAAAUCUUCGUGUGGCACUACACCAGAACUUGAACUACUAA